AUGUCCCAGAAAUUCGUACCAGAAGCAGCGGAAAUCUGCGAGAAGUCACUCAAGAAAUUCGUGUCACUGGUAGGAUCCGUUGAUAAGCUGCUGGUCAUUACUGGCGCCGGAAUUUCCACUGAAUCCGGCAUACCCGACUAUCGAUCAAAAGAUGUUGGGUUGUAUGCAAGAAUCUCACAUAAGCCAAUCUAUCACCAGGAUUACAUGAGGUCAAAUCGCUGCAGGCAGAGAUACUGGUCUCGCAACUUUCUUGCUUGGCCUCGCUUUGGUCAAGCUGCUCCAAACAUUAACCACUACUCACUAGCCAAAUGGGAAGCUUCGGAACGUUUCCUCUGGCUUAUCACACAGAAUGUUGAUGGUCUUCAUCAUAAAGCUGGCUCAAAGAUGGUCACAGAGCUACAUGGAAAUGCGUUAGGAGUCCAGUGCACGAAUUGUGACUACAAGGAGUCUAGACAAGACUACCAAGAGAAGCUGGACAAGGCCAACCCAGGAUUCAAGGAUACUCAUGUGGCUCCUGGAGAAAUCGCACCAGAUGGAGAUAUCAUUUUACCGCUGGGAACUGAGAAAGGAUUCAAAAUUCCAGAGUGUCCGUGUUGCGGUGGUCUUAUGAAGACUUCAGUCACAUUCUUUGGGGACAAUGUUCCAAUUGACAAAGUCAACUUCUGCUACGAAAAAGUUGCGGAGUGUGAUGGAAUAUUGAGUCUCGGCUCAUCUCUUGCAGUACUGUCUGGUUUCCGAUUCAUCCAUCAUGCAAACUUGCAAAAGAAGCCAGUCUUCAUUGUGAAUAUCGGACCAACUCGUGCAGAUCAUAUGGCAACGAUGAAAUUGGACUAUAAAAUUUCUGAUGUUCUUAAAGAGAUGUGA